AUGGCCGCUAUUUUACGCUUUUUCAGUCGUCGGUUUGGGCGCAAAAAGAACGCACCUGCACCAAGUCACGUGGAGGAUGAUAUGGUCGACACAAAAACGAAGAAAAAGAAAAAAUCGGAUUUGGAAUGUAGAGUUACUUAUUUAGAUGGCACAGAGCAGACAUUCUUCCUACCUAAAAAAGCACAGGCCAAAGAUCUUUAUGACAUUGCAUUUGCUUAUGUUGGAAUCAACGAGGAAAAAGAUUAUUUUGGACUAAAGUAUUACGGAAAAUAUUGUGUAGGUUUUUCUAAUAAACGCACGUUACUUCCACAGAUCUGGUUAGAUCCGACGAAAGAAAUUCGUGAUCAGUGCAAAGCUUAUUCUCCAUAUCCUAUUGCUCUGAAAGUCAAGUUUUUUGCAUCAGAUCCUCAAAAUCUGAGAGAUGAGUACACAAGAUAUUUGGUUGUUCUACAGCUUCGUGAAGAUAUACGAUCAGGAAAGUUACCAUGUGAAGAUUUGCAAUUGGCGGCUGAACUGGCGGCUUUACUUCUUCAAGCUGAAUUUGGUGACUAUGAUCCAUCUCAGCAUACACCUGUAUUCGUUUCCACUUUUCGUUUUCUACCGGAUGAAAAGCAAACAGAGGAUUUUGAGUUAGCUGUGUUAUAUCAAUACAGAGCACUCAGCAAUCGAAGACUAACUCCAGCUGCAGCAGAAUCUCUUUAUUUGGAAAAAGCUCGAUUACUGCCGGACUACGGUGUGGACAUGCACACGGUCAAGGGCAAAAAUAAAGAGGAGUACAAACUGGGGCUAACUCCAACUGGAAUUUUGGUCUAUGAGGGAUCUAACAAGAUUGGACUAUUCAUUUGGUCAAUGAUUUUGAAAUUGGAAAUGAAUCGGAAUAAAUUGAAAAUCCUCGUUGCGGAUGAGGACGAGGCCUCGCGCAAAGUUACUGAGAUCGCCUUCUGUUUUGUUCUCCCGGAUAGUAGAUCUUGUAAAGAGUUAUGGAAAAGUGCAGUCGAGCAUCACACAUUUUUCCGUCUCACAGAUCGAUGCCCAUCUCCACCGAAACGACGACAAUUUUUCAGACUACGUUCUCGAUUUCAUGCCAGUUUUAAUACGGAAUAUCAGUUGCACAAUUUGAACUUGUUUGGCAGUAGCAGCUUCCGCAAACGUCGCGCUGGAUCUGCACGAGGCACUCCCAGUGCACCGUCCAGUCCCAAUGUGUCCACUCCACGCGGGAUCCCAGAACCAGGAUCUGUUGCACCGAAAACCGCUUCCAGUUUUCGACGUGUGCCAAGCAGACGAUUUACAUCCCGCCCCAGUUUUUCUAACCGCGGUGGACCGGAUGAGAGAACCAAGGCGAAAUGGAAUCGAACUCCUAAUAUCAAUCCUUCCACACCAAACACCAGCAGUCCAGUCGCCCCUGGUGCUGAAGUGUUUGACCAUGCACGUACUGUGGUCAGUGUUGAACGCGCCUCCAGACGUGAUUCUCCCACAUCCACCGAUACUGCUGCUGUUUCUGGUGAUUUUAGUCGAUCCUCUCCUCUCCAAAUCAGUGUUCGUCGUCGUUCUCCACCGGUGCCGGGUUCUAAUGAAAAAACCUCUCCACUCCCGCCAACCGCAGUUCGUGUCACACCGCAACUGGGUGAAUCCGGAAAAAUUACACUCAGCUCUCCACCCACUAAACCUCCUCGAAAAGGUCCCGCUCCGGGGGUUCGAAAUGGACCUUCAUUAAGAGAUGUGGAAAUGAAUGAGUGGUAA